AUGGUUGCUUCGCCCAGCAUUGAUGUUUCUCAUCUAUGGCUUUUACCAGCGUCUGCCGAAGACAGCUCUGCCGAUAGCGUUAUGAGGGGUUGUCUCACUUGCCGCAAACGCCAUCUGAAAUGUGAUAAAACCGGAACCGAAUGUCUUCGCUGCCAACGUUCUGGGCGACAGUGUAUUCCCGCACCAGCGAAGCCAGAGGAGGUCACCUUCCGACAUGGUCAAAACCCGUCUAUGCGAUCGAAAGACCCUCCUCGAUAUGGAGAGAGUGACUUGUCAUUCCCGGGUAAUCAAGUUUGGAUGGAAGUGCCACUUGAAUUAACUUUCGAAGAUGAGACAGAACAGACAGCCGCCGAUUAUCACGUCGUCUCGGCGGGAGAGUCGCCAGUAGUCCCGAAGACGACGCGCAAAGCUCGAUUCAGCACUUCGACUUCGACCCUACCUUCGAUAGCAUCUCCUACUCAAGCAUUUACUUCAAGCGCUGGACCGUCGCGCAAGAUUCCCCAUUCACGAACCCAUUCAAUGGAUUCGCUCCUGCCACCGGACACUCCGCGCGACCAUCCGAAGCUGGCAGAUUUUAACGAAGCUUUCCUUUUACGACACUUUCAACGAACUCUCGGCCCAUGGCUUGACUCAUGUGACCACGAAAGACAAUUCUCAAUGGAUGUUGUGGAACGAGCACCCUCCUACCCUCUAUUACUCUACGCAUGCUUGGCCACCGCCGCCCGCCACCUUUCUCAAACGACGAACCUCAUUCCCCCGAAUACUGCAGACGAAUACCACGAGAAAUGCAUUGCUAUCCUCCUUCCCGGUCUUGGGAAUUGGGAGUCGAGAAUAGGCCUAGAUAUUCUGCUGGCGUCCACAGUUAUUCUGCGCUUUUUUGAGCAGAUUUCAUCACAUGCCCCCUCAAACGAUUCACAGCGACACCUCCUAGCUGGCUCUGUAUAUAUAAGCUCUCAGGUUGAUUGCGCUGUAUCUGGUGGCCUUGCAGAGGCAUCCUUUUGGGUGUUUGUAAUGCAGGACAUCCAAUUUGCGCUAGCUUCCCAGAACCCCCUGCGCCUUACGCUGAGCCCGUUCGACGAGAGACUACAGCUCAUGUGGACACAUCGAGUGUCGCAAACUGACCGCGACUGGGCGCAUCGCGCAGUGUGGCUCUUAGCCGGAUGUAUCAACUACUGUUAUGGUGGACGCGACCCCCAUGCAAGUGUGACGGAAAGAAACAUAUUGAAGCAAAAGAUCAAUGCCUGGGAAGCACGAAAGCCGGAUGGGUUCCGUCCAUUGCACUUUUCACUUGCGGACUCAAGGAUUGGCAGACCCUAUCCUGUUGUCUGGUACACAAAACCACUUUACGCAACUGCCGCGCAGCACAUAUGCCUAGCUAAAGCUUUAAUUCAGGAGUACGAGCUCCGGAAUUUGUACGCAAACCACAAUCCAGGGCAGGAUAUUAGCACAAUAGAGGAUGACGUGACCAAGAAUUUGGGUAUUAUUUUUGGUAUCGCUCUUUCAAGUGAUGGCGACCCAUCUACCCGCGUCAUGGCAUGCCAUGCACUAUGCGCCUGUGGUUCCUGGGUUCGUGAUCCACUUUCGCGGAGAUGUCUCCUUGAUUUGCUUCAAAAAACAGAAGCAGAAAACGGAUGGCCAUGGGCUUUUGUAUCGCAAAAUCUAGGCCAAGAGUGGCGCCUCACUGCAAGCUGA